CACAUUUCCCUAAAAACUUACUCAAUAAAACUCCAGCUGGGAGACGGUGCUGUAAUUUAGAUAGGCCUCCGCCUCGAGACUCAGGAUGGCGACGCAGUGGAGCAGUGAGCAUUUCGUUGCCGAAUAUCGAGACAUUCAGGCAAACGCCAUGGCUGUGGACACUGUCGGAGAAUGGGCACUGUUAGGGGGGAGACGAGCCCUGGCCCUGGUGAACCUGUACACACCUAAACAGGAAGUCGUGCGGAUAGCCAGGCAAGCGGCGCAGGCCAAGUGGGACAUCAACUGCAUCCAGUUCAACCCCCAUGCCUGCAAGGCCAACAUGUUUGUAACUGCUAGCAACCAGCGCCUGGAGGUGCUGCAGCUUAGUGGAGGCAACACAGAACACAGAUGCUCCCUGAAGGCCCACACCAGGACAGUCAGUGAUGUAGACUGGUCUCCAUUUGAUGUGAAUCAGCUGACGUCCUGUUCCGUGGACACAUACACCUAUCUGUGGGACAUCAGGGAUCCAAAGAAGCCAGCUGCCACUUUUCAAAGUGUUGCUGGUGCAUCUCAAGUGAAGUGGAACAAAGUGGUGAACAACAUGUUUGCUACAACACACGAGGGGGACAUCAGGAUAUGGGACCCUAGGAAAGGCAACACACCAAUCCAGUAUAUUGCUGCUCAUCUGUCGAAGAUUCACGGUUUGGACUGGAAUCCUAGCAACCAGUAUAAACUGGUCACUGCCAGCCAGGACUGCUUUGUCAGGUUCUGGGACUGCACCAACCACCGCCGGAGUGAAUUUACUCUCAACACUGGGUCACCAGUGUGGAGGGCACGUCUCACGCCGUUCGGCAAUGGCCUGAUGACGGUGGUGGUGCCGCAGUUACGGAGAGGGGAGAACAAGCUGUACCUGUGGAACACCAGCAACCUCACGCAGCCCAUACACACCUUCGUCGGACACAAGGAUGUGGUGCUUGAAUUCCACUGGAGGAAACAGACAGAAGGUGUCCGUGACCAGCAACUUGUCACAUGGUCACGUGACCAAAGUCUGAGAAUCUGGCGGAUCGACUCGGCUCUACAGGAGCUGUGCGGCCAUGACACCAACAAUCUGCCUGACCUGGUUGGAGAUCUGUCUAAGUCAACUCCAGCAACUCUCGAGUCUGCUCUUGAUUCUCUAUCCGUUAUAGACGAGAACCCAACAGUGUCUGAGCCAGUCAUCAGCCAAGGCACCAUGUCCAACCAACCACAAACUUUGCAACAGGAGUUUUCCUUGGUGAACAAGAAUAUUCCUCAUGUUACCAUUGAAGAGAUGGACGCAAUCAAUCGUGUAUGUAAAGUGACGGCACAGAUUGGGAAGCGGCGGGUCAGCCUCAAUCUCAAUUUCCCCCCUGACUACCCAAACAAUGCCUCACCAUCAUUCCAGUUCCUCCACAGCACCCUGGAUGCCACCAUGCAGAAACAGCUCAUCAAGGUUCUGACAGACACAUCCCAAAAGCAUGUGAAGAGGAACAUGAACUGCCUGGAGCCAUGCCUCCGACAGCUGAUAACAGAGCUGGACACUCUCACUAAAACUGAGAGGAAGACACCUGACCUUGACAUUCCAUUCCCCCUGACCCAGCAGCAAAACAUGAUGCAGACCACGCCCAUCUACCCAAUGUACAGCUUUGGAAGCUUCCAAGACUCCAGCGUUCCAUUCCCCAGGACAAGCGGAGCUCGAUUCUGCUCUGUAGGUGUGUUGGUGAUAUUUGGCCGCUCUGCUGUGAUGAAGAAACAUGACGGAACAGAACCCACACCCAAAGCUCUGUCAGAACUAGCUGCCUUUGCCAGACCAUCCCAGAAUGCAACACCCUUUGCACCCUUCUUCCCUCGCAGUCCUCCAACGCCAAGCAAUGAGGGUUUGUCAAUCAGUGACUUCUACACAUACAAGGAAAGACGACACCGGACACGCAGCAGGUCGCGUGUGCGUGAGGUGUCGGAGUCACGGUACAGGGACACAGAGAAGGCAGCCAAGAAACUGAAUAAGGUGGCCCCUGUCAAAGUAUACGAUGUGUCAGCACUGCUCACUGUACACAAGCAACUAGCAGAGAAUUAUAAACUGGACCUGUCCGACAUCCCCGGGAUGUGCAGUCAUAACGCUGCUGCUGCCGCUGUUGUCGGACGUAAGGAUCUUGUACAGAUCUGGAACUAUGUGUCUGUGAUGUUACCAGCCAGUCUCAACCCAAGUCCUACUCCCACCAGCUGCAGACCCUUCGCCAUGACUGCCUUUGGACGGCCGCUGCUCAAAACAAUGCUGGACCACUACAGCAGUUACUACGAUGUGCAGACGCUGGCCAUGUUGUGCUGCGUAUUCUGGAACAAGGAGGACGUCCACCGUGCAGCCGCUGCAGCUGCUGCCAGGUCUGCCUCCAAGACCUCGCUGGAGUACACGCCAGCUAAUACUGAUGCUAACAUUACAUAUCUUGGAAGUAGCACAGAUAGUGGGUGGAGCUUAUUGCGCUAUAAACGUAGGCUUGAUAACACAAGUCUAACAAAUGAUGAGAGCCACGCCCAGUCCCAGGCCCCCAUGGGCCACCCAGGCCCCCAGCACCUCACUGCACAUGGGGGCGGGCCUCUCUCGGAGGUAGCCUCACAUCCAAACCUCUCUGCACUUUUCAAACAAGCUGUGCUGAAGAACAAGCGGUCCAACAGUUGGUCUGACAGCUGCGAUGACUAUCGCAUCCUGGACGAGCCGGACCCCGCGGAGAAGGCGGCACAGUGGGAGCAGGAGCAGCAUGAGAACAACUGCAAAAUGCUGGACCCGGCCAUAUGGUCCCAGUACGAUCUGUACAAGAAGGCCUACUCCAACCUGCUGUACAAAUGGGGCUUACACAACCAGGCUGCUCACAUACUCAAGUUCAUCUCCACAUCACCUCCACCACAUAAAGGAAUUGAGUUUUCUGUGCGUUGCACAGUCUGCCAUCGAGAAGCCCGAGGCCCACAAUGUACAUCAUGCAAACAUCUUGUGUUAGAAUGUGCCAUCUGCCACACGGGAGUGCGAGGAGCUGCCAACUUCUGCAUCACAUGCACUCAUGGAGGUCACACGGAGCAUAUGGCGGAGUGGUUCCGCACCGAGUUGGUGUGUCCCACUGGCUGUGGAUGUGAAUGUCUCAAGGCUCCAACCAUGCUGAUGGUGUGACAUACAACACAUGGCGGAGUAGGUCUGGACUGGGCCACUGUUUCAAAGUGCCAGCAAUGCUGGGUGAAAGUGUCACAAUGUGCCAACAAGGACAGGAGAGAGACAGUGUGUCCGACCUGGUGAAAGUGAGAGAGUUGCAAUGUGCCAUCAAGGUCAGGAGAGAGACAGUGUGUCCGACCUGGUGAAAGUGAGAGAGUUGCAAUGUGCCAUCAAGGUCAGGAGAGAGACAGUGUGUCCGACCUGGUGAAAGUGUCACAAUGUGCCAUCCAGGUCAGGAGAGAGACAGUGUGUCCGACCAGGUGAAUGUGAGAGCGUCGCGGUGUGUCCGACCUGGUGAAAGUGAGAGCGUCGUGGUGUGUCCGACCUGGUGAAAGUGAGAGCGUCGCGGUGUGUCCGACCUGGUGAAAGUGAGAGCGUCGCGGUGUGUCUGACCUGGUGAAAGUGAGAGCGUUGCGGUGUGUCUGACCUGGUGAAAGUGAGAGUGUCGCGGUGUGUCUGACCUUGUGAAAGUGAGAGCGUCGCGGUGUGUCUGACCUUGUGAAAGUGAGAGCGUCGCGGUGUGUCUGACCUUGUGAAAGUGAGAGCGUCGCGGUGUGUCUGACCUUGUGAAAGUGAGAGCGUCGUGGUGUGUCCGACCUGAUGAUGGUGCAACAGAUUCAGUAGAGAGACAGUGUCUCCGACCUGGUGAAAGUGUGAGAGUUGCAAUGUGCCAUCCAGGUCAGGAGAGAGACAAUGUAUCCGACCUGGUGAAAGUGUUGCAAUGUGCCAUCCAGGUCAGGAGAGAGACAAUGUGUCCGACCUGGUGAAAGUGUCUCAAUGUGCCAACCAUGCUGAUUUAAAUCUUGAAAAUGUAAAUAAAAUUAUUUCACAUA